AUGACUUGCAUUAUCGCAACAGAUGUACCAGUUCAGUGUGGCGACACCACUUCCGGCUCAACAGUGGGUCUGCAAAAUUUGAGGGGGUUUCAAUCAGGUGACCAACUUCAUCUAUUUUGUCCCACUGAAACUGGUACAGCCCUAGUUGGCACUUGCGAGUCUGAUUUUGAUACCGAGCUGUAUAUCAAUGGCCCAGAUGUUGAUAUCAGCUGCGACGACGACUGCAAUGGCUAUCCACCGUGUGGCAAUGACGAUUUGAAGGAAAAUGCGCUGUUCGACUUCAAGGCUGGAGCAUGUUAUGAUAUCAUUGUGGGUGGAUAUGGCGAUCAAGAGGGAAACUAUGCUCUAUCAAUCCUUUGCGCGAACAGGAACAGCUCCAAGAUAGAUAUCGCAUGUGGCAGCAACAUCUCUGGCUCGAUUCGAGGUGUCCAAUCACACCGAUUUUGUCCCAAUGAGACAGGCAGGGUCCAGGCAAGCACCUGUGGUUCCAACUUCGACGCAAUGGUCUACACCAUCGAUCCCACAGCACAAAGACUGGAUAACGAGUGCGGUGACGGCUGUAAUGCAGCUUGUAUCGAAUUCGGCUUCAGGCCUGGAAGGGAGAUUGAAAGAGGUGGUUGCGACAAACGGAGUGACAAAAUUGACUUGGCGUUUCUCGGUUUGGUCGCUUGCCAUAUGAAGUUGGACAUGAUGCAGGUAGGAGAGUGCUACAACAUCGAGGUGGGCAAAUUCGGAUCGGAGACGGAGGGUGAUUACGUGUUGUCCAUCAAUUGCAACGUACAAAGUUCCAUAUCCAUAUCCAUUCAGUGCGGCGACAAAGUCUCCGGCUCAACAGUGGGCCUGCCAGAUGUGACAGGUGAUGGAGGGGCGGGCGAUCAAGUGCACAAGUUUUGUCCCAGAGAGGAUGGGACGGCCUUGGUUGACACUUGUGAAUCCGAUUAUGAUACCAAGCUGUAUGUCAAUGGCCCAGGUGUUGAUCUCAACUGUGACGACAGCAGCUGCGGCAUGGCUUGCGGCUUUGGCAGACAGGAAAGUGCGAUGUUUGACUUCAAAGCCGGCGAAUGCUACGACGUCAUUGUCGGUGGAUAUGCCAACAGCGAAGGAAAUUACGUCUCCAGCACUGCCGCAGAACUCAAUACUGACUGCGGGGCGGAUUGUAACGCAGGCUGUAUCGAAUUCAACUUCAGGUCCGGAAGGUGUUAUGAAAUCCUGGUGGGUGAACUCGGAGCAUCAGCGCAGGAUUAUGUGCUGUCCAUGAAUUGCACUUUUCCGAACGCAACAGCUCUUCCAGUUGAAUGUGGCAGCAAAGUCACGGGUGUUACAGUGGGCCUGCCAAGUUUGAGGGACGAUCCAGCAGGUGACAAGGUGCAUCAUUUUUGCCCCAACAGAACGGGUAUAGCCCAGGUCAGCACUUGUGAGUCCAGGUUCGAUACCAAACUCUAUGUCAAUGGAACAGAUGUCGAUCGUGAGUGCGACGAUGACUGUGGCUUGGGGACCUGUCGCCGUGGCCUGGGUUUUGGAAACAAUGAGUUUCUGACAUUUGACUUCAAGGCUGGAGAGUGCUAUGACGUCAUUGUCGGUGGAUUUGCCAACAGCGAGGGAGAGUACGUUCUAUCAAUUGAUUGCGUCGACCAGAAGGUACUUGAAUGUGGCAGAAAUUCCACUGGCUCUACAGUUGGUUUGCCCAGUUUGAGCCCUCAGACUGUAGCAGGUGUUCAGCCAUUCAUAUUCUGUCCAGGUACUUCUGGCAGAGCCUCCGUGUCCACUUGCGGGAGCAACUUCAGUGCUGGCGUUGGAAGCGGCCCGGUGGUGUUCACCAAUGCUACCCAACAGAGUUUCGAUUGCAGCGCUGAAUGCAAUGCAGCCUGUGUUCGGUUCAACUUCAGGUCUGGAGAGUGCUACCGGGUCUCACUAGGUGGAGACGAGACAUCAGAGGGGGACUACGCGCUGUCGCUGAGUUGCAUCAUUCAGAACACAACAGCUAUUCCAAUUAGUUGUGGCAGCACUGUUACUGGCUCAAUCGUUGGCCUGCCAAGUUUGAAGGGAGAUGCAUCAGGCCGACGUCACAUCUUCUGUCCAAACAGCACAGUCACAGCUCAACUCAGUACAUGCGGGUCCAACUUUCGCACUUCGCUUUACAUCAAUGGUAGCGACAUAGAAUAUGCAUGCGUCGGUGGCGCGUGCUAUUCUUUUGCCAGCUGUUCAGCGGCAGAAACUACGCUGAAUUUCAGGUCUGGGGAGUGUUACGACAUCAUUGUUGGUGGGAUCUCUGAGUGGGACGAGGGCGAAUAUUCAUUGUCGGUGACCUGUACAUCUAUCACGGCAUCAAAUAUCACUUGCCCAACAUACCUCUGGGACGGUGAACUAUUGAAUGGGAUCCGUGAUUUUGCCCAUCCUCUCAUUGUUUGGGGCUCGUCUGAUGAAGCAGAACAAUCAUUCACUGGCCCAGAGAGCCCUUUAGUGAACCACAGCCAAGUUAUACUGGCAAAUGCAUUCCGCAUUGGCGUAGAAGUGCGAGACAGAUUAGUUGAUGGCCUCAUCGGACAAAGCAUUCACCUGCUUGUUUUCGAGGAUAUACAAAACAUCCGUGACAUCACAGGGUGGAGUCUUGAACAAGCAUUCUGUCCGCAGUCAGCAGCACUACAGAUGCAGGGCGGUGGAUUUUCAGCAGGGCCCAACAGUCUCCCCAGCAGAUAUAGAUCAUGUGUCCAGAGAGAAGAGCUGCCGGCCAACACAGAUGGACUGUAUGGCAGUGCUUCCGUCGCUGCUUGGACAGCUCCCUAUGAGAAGGGCCGCAUCACAUACUACGCAAGCAGUUUCAGUGAAUCCUCCCUAACAGAUGAAUGGAGACAGCUGAUUGCAAGCUCAAUUGGUUUGGUUUGUGCCGGAGAAGUAGUCGUCAGAACUGGCAACUCCAGCACUACCACCACUACGCCUGUCCCUGUGGUAUGUGGCAGCGUUGUUAGUGGAACCAUCGUCCAGGGAGGCUCUCUGAAUGACGGCUUCAAGAAGCACACGUUUUGCACUCCUGAAGAAACAAAUGGCCUCGGACUGGGGGAAGUUCUCUUCAGCACUUGUGGCUCUUCGAUUGACACAUCGCUCACCGUGACUGGACCAAGUGGUGAGCGCUGGCAGUGCACAAACUGUGGGAGAUGCGGUCAGAAAGCAGAGCUGAAGGUUUCGUCUCUUGGAAGCAGCCGUUGUUAUGAUGUAACGGUUUACAGCAGUGGAACCGACACAGGCAACUAUUCCCUGUGGGUGUCAUGUUGCCAAGAAGAGCUUUGCAGCGGCAACGGCCUCCCAAGACACACUGCAUGGGGGCCACCUAUGGCAAAUGCUACUGGCUUCGAUUUGUGCAGAUGCAGUUGCCGUUGGCCCUUUACCGGCACUGCGUGUGACCAGUGCAAUGAAUAUUCUUUAUCUGUACCAAUCGCAGGUGCUUGUGCGAAUUGCUUUUCAGAAAGCUCCAUUGAUUUUUACCGUGUUGCGUUGGAAAACUCAAUUGUGACAUGGUCCCCAUCACUCUUGCACCCUGAGUGCGAUACGAUCCGUAUCCGAUUCGAAGAGUACUCCUCCACUAUUGCCAUCCGGACCGAAUAUCAGAAUGGCAGCCUUGCUGUUUUCAUGGGCUCAUGUCCUUUCCAAAACUUGUACCGGCUGUCUGGAUGGAUCGUUGCAGGUGCCAGGCAAAUGGGGAGAGUCAUUUGCGUACCAAAGUUCACUUGCGAUUUCGAAAUUUUCGCUGGUGCUAGCUUGGACUUUUCACCCGACAACAGGUCAGUGAACGGUACGAACUUAGUUUCCAUGCAAAUCUUGACGCUGCAUGACGAGCGUGUAGCUUUGGCUGCGCUUGCAAUGCUUGAACUCCUAGCCUCCUUCAACUCAAGCAGAAGUGCCACCCUGCAUGAUAGAUUUCGAAAUAGCUUGAGAUUCAGCUUAAGCUCAGUGUCAGAGGCCCAGCAGUUCCUAAACAAUGUGCUGCAGUCAGAACCAUCCCAAGACUUUUGCGUGAAUCCUGCGGACAUUUCUUUGCCAGCUGUUGAUCCAGAGACUGAGCUUGUGGUGCUGUUGGGACGGCUUUGUGGAUCGCGCCAGGAAAUUCAAAGUUUAAUGCGUCCAGUUCUCCAGCGAGGCCGUUCAAUUCUUCUACUGGGAGAAGCGGGGGAGUUGCCCGAAUUCAUGACAAAGAUCAACAUCAGGGUCUCAGAAGUCGCAGAUCAGACGUGUACCUACUUCACUGCAUGGCUUCAGUAUCGCUCUAAUGCACAAUGUGUUGAAACAAAGCUGUUACACACCAUUAUUGGAAUCGGGUGACUACAAUGUCAGCGUCAUUUUCAAGAAUGGUACCAGAGCUUUUGCCAAACACAGGCUUCAAGUUCAGUUUCCUCUGCAAACCAGUUUCGAACCACAGCGCUACGUGUCGUCUCCCAAUAGAUUGUCUGGAGUCUUUUCAGUCUGGACCAGGGAGGUUCGCUUUAGUGCACCUUUCUUAUAUCUCUCAGACCUUUUCGACCGAACAUGUUGCGACCUUGUAGCAAUCGGAUUCGACCUGACUGUCAUGGGCAGACUGAAGUCAAAAGUGUGUGGCGAACGGGGAUUUUCAACCACUGUUACCCUUCCAGAAAUUGAAGAUGAAAAUGCGUUUCCCCAGCCAGUGCGAUUUUUUGCCUGGCGCUGCUUUGCUGAUGUGUCACAAGCACUCGUGGAUGGAAGCAGUUGUAGUGUUCCCCAGCCUGGCCAGCUACCAGUUGCAAUGAAUGCUUUGAGUGCUGCAGGUUUGCUUCAAGAUGCAAGAGACCAGUUACAGACCUGGAACCUGCAGCGGCGCAUUGAUCAAU